CUUUGGACCGAGCAGCCUCCUGAUUCUUCAGGGAGCCGAUCGGAGAAAGCGGGCUGACUGGCGGAAUCCUGCAUCCACCUCCCUGGAAACCUUUGAGGGGCCCUGAGCGUGGGCCCCCCAAUACGGAAUUAGAACAGCCUGACUUUGCUUCCUCAAUAAAGUAUAAUACCUUUGUGAAAGAAUCUUGAAAUCAACUCUGGAGAAAUCCACAAGUUAUGAGAAGGCACCAUGGAUCAAUAUAGCAUUCUUGGCCGUAUUGGAGAAGGAGCCCAUGGCAUUGUUUUCAAAGCCAAGAACAUAGAAACUGGAGAAACUGUGGCCCUGAAGAAAGUGGCUCUCCGCAAGCUGGAAGAUGGGAUCCCCAAUCAAGCCCUGCGAGAGAUCAAGGCUUUGCAGGAGAUUGAGGAAAACCAGCAUAAACAGGUGGUGCAACUAAAAGACGUUUUCCCUCAUGGCACAGGGUUUGUGCUGGUAUUUGAGUAUAUGCUGUCUGAUCUGUCCGAGGUGAUCCGCAAUUCUGAACAGCCUCUUACUGAAGCCCAAGUGAAAGGCUACAUGCUGAUGCUGCUCAAGGGUGUAGCUUUCUGCCAUGCCAACUCUAUUAUGCACCGGGAUCUGAAACCAGCCAAUUUGCUGAUCAGUUCCACAGGGCAAUUGAAAAUUGCUGAUUUUGGCUUGGCCCGAGUGUUCACCAGUGAUGGAGAUAGACUAUAUAGCCAUCAAGUGGCCACCAGGUGGUAUCGGGCUCCCGAAUUGCUGUAUGGUGCUCGAAAGUAUGAUGAAGGUGUAGACCUGUGGGCAGUUGGCUGCAUCUUUGCUGAACUUCUCAAUAACUCUCCCCUCUUCCCUGGAGAAAAUGACAUUGAGCAGCUGUGUUGUGUCCUCCGGGUGCUUGGCACACCUAAUGAAAAGACCUGGCCGGAGAUUACCGAGUUGCCUGAUUACAACAAAAUCUCCUUCAAAGAGAAGCAGCCCAUCCCUUUGGAGCAGGUGGUGCCUGAUGCUUCUCCUCAAGCGGUGCAGCUCCUGAAAAAAUUCCUGGUUUAUCCUUCCAAGCAACGGAUGCAGGCAGCCCAGGCACUUCUGCAUCCUUAUUUCUUCACGCCUCCUCUGCCGGCCCACCACUCAGAAUUACCAAUUCCCCAGCGUGGGGGCAAAAAAAUUCGUCAGGGGCUCCAACACCAGCGUGAUUUCCAUGUGGAGCAGCCCCUGGAAGGGUCAGUUGUAGAUCUGGAGCUGGUGGCACCGUAUGUGAUUGAUGUAUAAAAAGGGAGUCUUCUCUUGAUCGGGCUUUUAAACCAUCUCAUGAAGCAAGUUGGUUCUUCAUCCGAGGCACUUUAAAUUCUUGUGGGAAGAAGCUGUGCAUUUAUUGGGACUAUGUGUGGGUAACCACAAGGCUGUAACCCAGUGAUAUCACACAAAUGGCUGAAACGAAUCCAGGACUUUCAAAAGCACGAAGGUUUUUUGACUUGUUCCAUCAUACAUGAGCCUAUUAGACUGCUCACGUCAGUAGUUUCUGGUAGAUAUUUCGUUGCCCAAAUUCUGGGCCUGCAAAAAGAGAAUAGGGAGGAGCUGUAUGUACAGCCGGCAUUUGUCCCGUUUUAUUUUCAUUUGUUGAGUGAUUUGGCCGCAGCAGAAGACAAAAGACAGAUCCGAGAGCAUGCUAAGCUGCCACUCUGGCAGAAGGACCAAAAGAAACUGUUCUCUCCAAAGACUCACAAAACCCUCCAAUGAGGAAUCUGACAAAACUCUCCUGAUAGUCCUCCUUUUUUUUUUCAAUGAUUUUUUAAUUUUAUUCACAGAGUUAAACCACGUUAAACCACAAACUCCAACCAAAAGGAAAAAAAUAUACAAGAACAAAGUAAAACUACACAGGAAAUGUAAACAAAUGUGCAUUUUUAA